GAUAAGAUUAUGGAUUACUCUCUCGGACUUCUUAGGAAUGAGGACUUUACUACUGCGCGUCAAAGAAUAAAAUUUUAUAACCAUGACAGCCAAGACCGCUACAACCGCACCGGCCACUCCCACCUCACCUCCCUGGACAGCUCGGACUACAGCAGCGUGCUUGUGUCUCCCGUGCUGGUGGCCAGCGCGGUCAUAGGCAUGGUCGUCGCCAUCUCCUGCGUCACCAUCAUCGUGGGCAGCCUCCGCCGGGACAGUCAGGGCGGGUCCCAGCAGUCCCGCCGCCGCCGCCGAGAGUUCGAGGACAGCCAAGACUCGGAGGAGUCCUCGUACUGGAGCCGCGGGGUGCGCUACGCCUGCAGCCUUGUGGGGGACUGGCCCCCACCCACGGACCUGAGCGCUGGCGAGGAGGCGAACACCAUGGUGCUCCGGGAGCUGUACACGGAUUCCCCACCCCGUUACGAGGAGUGCAUGGGGCCAGGAGCCACUCAGAUGUACCUCCCCACGGACGCGCCUCCACCCUACUCGCUGACCGACGCCAACCCCGGAGGCUGCCAGCAGGGGCAGAGUGGCCCCCGCACCGUCUCCAUGGAUGCCCUGCCCACUUACGAGGCUGUGUGUGAGGUCCACCCUCCAUCGAGCCUGCUGCCACUGCCAGGCCCGGAGCCGGGGCCAAGGAGUCCCCCGGGCUCGCCCGGGAGGGUUGUGUGA